AGAGUCAACUAUUUCACAUUACAGAUGGAAUGCAAUGGCUGAGCCUGAUGAUGGCAGCACCGCCAAUCUUGCUGUUGAUACUUCCAUAUUUGCUGUCGGCCCUGGUGAGUUCAAAGAUGCCGGGAGUGAUGACGAGAACCAGCCUAGUACCAGCAGUGCAGCAAGCUCAUCAACCCAAGAGAGGCCCAAGUCUGCAAGUUCUGAUGGUACUUCUUCCAAGAAGUCCAGCAAGAAGGCAACCAAAAGGCCUUGGUCUGGCCUUAGGCGUUCAAACGCUGUUGAAGAUGCUUCUCUCGUAGCUGGAGCAGCUUCCAAUGUGGAUGGCGCAAGUCCUGCUGGGACUUCCACACCUGAUGUCCCUGGUCCCUCUGAGAGCCCUGCCUUUGCUGAUAAGUGGGCUGACCCAACCUUAUCUUCUCAGAGCUGGGGAAGUCUCCAGGAUGACGCUGAUUAUGCUCACCAGAGUGAAGCAUCCCAAGAAGCAGCAAAAUGGGACGAGCCGAGUCAGAAGGAUGUUGAGGUUCCUGAAGAGGAGGAGAUGCUGGAUUUGCCGAAGUCUCCAUUCUCCUGCAACGAGGAUGAUGUCGGACAAAAGAAACGGCCUUCCCUGCAAUCCGGUAUGAGCUCCACACACGUCAGCUACACUGACCUACUUAGGGAAAUCGACGACUCGGUGGUGUAAACGAGUCAGCAAAAACAC